AUGUUUCUAAAUAAGGGACGUUUAUUUUUCCGUCCUUCGUUACACGUGGCAGCUUCAUCGUCGAAGAAAGGAGCAGAUGAAGAUGAUGCAGAGUCGAAACAGAAGAAGAGAUUAAAAAUCCUAGCUCUCGAUAACCAACUGCUCUCUGAUUCUCCGGCGAAAUCUAAUUCCUCUCUCAAACCUUCAAAGCAAGUUCUGAAACACCAUGGCACCGACAUCAUCCGCAAGUCUCAGCGCAAAAAUCGUUUCUUCUUCUUCUUCCCUGGUCUUCUCGCUCCUAUCUCCGGCGCCACCAUCGACGAUUUCGAUCGAUUGUCUACUAAAAACCCUGUCCUUUACCUCAAUUUCCCCCAGGGUCGGAUGAAGCUUUUUGGAACGAUUUUGUAUCCUAAGAACAGAUACUUGACUCUUCAGUUCUCUAGAGGAGGCAAAAAUGUCUUAUGUGAUGAUUAUUUUGAUAAUAUGGUUAGUCUCUUUUUUUAG